AUGUUGUCCUCUACGCCGAAACUGACAGCUCGAGCUUGUGGCCUGCCCACGGCCGCGCGCCGCUCAGGCAGAUCUGCUCAACUUCUCUCACCCUCUGCUGCUGCUCUCAUUCGCUCGAGGCAGCGACAGUCAAGGUCCUUCUGGUUCGGUGCCUGGGCGAGAGACUGCGACGGCGACGCCUACCGCAACUCGAGACGCCGCCAUCAUGCCCAUCGCUACCGGUACAUGGAGUCGGUAAAUCGGCGCCUGUCCUGGGACAACAAGCCCCGACACGACAAUAUUCAGAGUGCGAUGAAGUCAGCAUUUGCCCACAUUGCCCAUGGCCCCACUGGAUCCUCAGGAUCCAAAUAUAUCGACGUCAAUGACAUCAAGUCAUGGUCCGAUGAGCUCUCUGGCGUUAGACCAGGGAGGAAUAUCGAAGAUGUUGAGCGCGAGGCCAUCGAUCACUUGUUCAAUGGCGGAAAGAAGAGCCGGUCGCAGCGCGCUGGCCACUGGACCUCUCGCUUGGGUAACUAUCUGCAUGGGAGACAACCCCCGAAGGACGUCACACCUGAAUCUGUCUUGCACGCGACCACAUCAACCGGGCAGACCACACGCGCCACCACUUCUUCAUCAAAGUCCGAUAAGCCAUUUGCUCCAAAAGAAUCUGAGCUGAAGAAAUAUAACCCGAGCAAAUUCGAUGAUCCAAAUGCCCCACGAAAACUCACUCCUGAAGAACAAUCGAAAAACUAUGACGAUCUAGACAAGUACAAGCCGGUCGAGUGGAAUGAGCCAGAUGGCCUCCCCGAUCUUACUCCUGAAGAAAAGUCCAAACAGUACAAGGACUUGCACAAAUACUCCUCACCCGAUGUCUCCAGUGAUUUCUCUGCCGCCGAAGUAUCUAAAGAGCCAUACGAUGACCUGCAAAAGUACAAACCCGUGGAGUGGAAUGAACCGGAUGGUCUUCGCCAACAGACCCCAGAGGAGCUCUCCAAGAAGUACGACGAUUUGGAUAAAUACGGUCCAGUCACUUGGAACGAGCCGGACGGUCUGCGCAAGCUGACACCCGAGGAACUGUCAAAGAAUUACGACGACCUCGACAAGUACGGUCCCGUAACCUGGAACGAACCCGACGGUCUACGAAAGCUCACACCCGAAGAAGAGUCCAAAAAAUACGACGAUUUGGACUCUUAUAGCGAGGGUUUUAUGGCCCCAGAUGCUGUCCUCAAGGCUCAUGAGGUGAAGCAGCAAGACCCCACACCAAAGGCGGAUCCCAUCCCCGCCAAGGUGGAAGUCCCCAUGGAGGACCCUGGCAAAGACUACAAAGACUUACACAAAUAUGGACCUGUCAAAUGGAAUGAACCUGAUGGUCUCCGAAAGCUCACCCCUGAGGAGUUAUCAAAAAACUACGAAGAUUUACACAAGUAUGCGCAAUACCCCAAUGCCGGACCGGCAAUUCCAAGGAUCCACCCCGAAGAGGCAUCAAAGCAAUACAGCGACUUGCGAAAGUACGACUCCUUCCCCAACGCGGGCCCAACAACGGAGCGUGUUCACCCCGAGCUUGCGUCGAAGCAGUACAAAGACCUUUCAAAGUAUCCACGGGUUGGCUACGAAGAGCCUGACAAGACUGAGCACGUUCACCCAGAAGAACUUACCAAGAAGUAUUCCGACUUGGGCAAAUAUGAGCCUCAAUCUUUUGACUCGCCAUCCACUCCCUAUCCCAUGCAUCCAGAGGAAGCCUCCAAGGCUUACAGUGAUUUGAAAUCGUACAAGCCAGUCAUGCACAACGAGCCCAACGGCAAGCCAGCCGAGAAGCUAGAUCCUGUGGCAAGUAGCCUCCGGGCAUAUGACAGCUCUGGAGAGGCCGAUGCUCUGCCAAGGACUGCGGAUGAGAUUCGAGGAGAUGUGCUUCGAAGAGCCUACCGGAACAGCAAGCACACUAUGAUUCAACGGGCAAAGUUCCAGCAAGAGCAAAAUCGGGAUGCCCGCAGCAAGAACCUGCAGGACACAGCAAGCCAACUGAAAGGGAAAGCUGACGGGAAGUCACUGACAGGAAACUAUGCCAAGGACUUCCCUGAGGAGUUUGUGACUUCAUGGAAUACGUCGAAUUCCUGGUCAAAGACGACACUUUUCCCCAAAAACCUGGCCGCCAACGACCGGCCGGGAUUGAUUGGAGGAGCUCGGUGUCUAGGGUCAGAGAAGGACGAGGCUGAAGUAUCAUCCAUGGACGAGAGUUUCCCAAUCGAGACCUCAAAGCUACAGCCUGCUCUGGACAGGAACCCUGAAAGAAGAGCCUCAAAGUCGGCGGCCAUGACUCCGUUGGAGAGAAUGAAGGUGGAAGAGGACCCUUAUUCCAAAAUCCCACAAGGUUUGGAGAUAAUUUGGGACGAGGAAUGCGACGGCAAGGCCACGUGGCCGACUUUUGUACGACAUCACAAGGGAAAGUCGGGAGAGGAUACAUUUGCUACCGAAUCUGGGACAGGCGCAGCGACCGAGAAGCAGCCCAUCAUGUACAAACUGCUUGCGUUCGACCCGGCCACCCAAUCAAUGAGUAUCGCUGAGACCUCCUCUGGCGUGACUGACACAUCGACACCCGCAACACCGGCUGAAAUUUUACUUCGUGUCUCCAAUCCGUCCAAAUUCUUCCCUUACUUCAGCACGCUACAGGCCGAAGGUUAUGAAAUUGCGUCUGGUGGCGGUGACGUUUUGGUGUUUCGUAAAGUUCGGGAAGGAUCAGUGUCAGCACAGGGAACCAGCUCUACCAUCAACCCCAUUGACAUGAUGGGCCGGUCGUCCCCAAGCAAUUUUGCCAGUCCCACAGGCUUUGUAAACUACGAGUCGCCUCAGUAUCGACCUCCGACACACGGACAGGCUCCGGAAAUGAAGGUCGGCAAGAAGAAGAGAAGUGUCGGUCGCAAGGUGGUGAUUGGCACGGUUUGGGUCGCAGGUACGGCGUAUGCUGCGAGUGUCGUCGGAGAGUACUUUUCCACUGGUGGCAAGGUACUGUAG